AGCGGCCGGGCGGCCGGCGCGAGCGGGAGCUGCAGGGGGCCGGGCGGUGCCUUCGGGCCUGCGCCGCCGCGCCGCGCCGCGCGGGAAGCCGACAGGGCCCGGCCGGGCCCCGGGAGCGCGGGGCCGCCCGCGCCGCCGCCGCCGCCGCACCGCCGGAAGUGCGCUCCCGAGCCGCGGCGCUGCGGGAAGAUGGCGCAGGACGCCGGCGACAUGGAGGACGGGCAGCUCUCCGACUCGGACUCCGACAUGACGGUCGCCCCCAGCGAGCGGCCGCUGCCGGCGCCGAAAGUCCUGUGUGGAGACAGCACAGUGAGGCCCUUCCAGGCCACAGCCACCGCAUGUGCUCCAGCUUCCCACUACCGGACUGUUAAGAGUGUGGAUUCAAGCGAAGAGAGUUUUUCUGAUUCUGAUGACGAUAGCUCUCUGUGGAAACGCAAGCGGCAAAAGUGCUGUAACCCUCCUCCCAAGCCAGAGCCUUUUCCCUUUGGCCAGAACAUCCAGAAAGUACCUGCUGGAGGGAAAAAGGUGAACAACAUCUGGGGUGCUGUGCUGCAGGAACAGAACCAAGAUGCAGUGGCCACCGAACUUGGAAUCUUGGGAAUGGAGGGCACCAUCGACAAAAGCAGGCAGUCGGAGACUUACAACUAUUUGCUUGCUAAGAAACUCAGGAAGGAAUUUCAAGAGCAUACAAAAGAACUAGACAAAGAGCUCGAUGAAUAUAUGCACAGUGGCAAAAAGCCAGACGCAAGGGAAGAGGAAAACGGGCAAGGUCAUCUCAAACGAAAACGAUCUGUCAAAGACAGACUGGGAGACAGACUAGAAAUGAACUAUAAAGGCCGGUAUGAGAUCACAGAGGAUGAUCCUCAGGAGAAAGUGGCUGAUGAGAUUUCUUUCAGGUUGCAGGAGCCUAAGAAAGAUCUGAUAGCCCGGGUAGUUAGGAUAAUUGGGAACAAAAAGGCAAUUGAACUUCUAAUGGAAACUGCUGAAGUUGAGCAAAAUGGUGGCCUUUUCAUAAUGAAUGGUAGUCGAAGAAGAACCCCAGGUGGAGUGUUUCUGAAUCUCCUGAAAAACACUCCUAGUAUCAGCGAGGAGCAAAUUAAGGACAUUUUCUACAUAGAAAAUCAAAAGGAAUAUGAAAAUAAAAAAGCUGCUAGGAAGAGGAGAACACAAGUAUUGGGGAAAAAGAUGAAACAAGCUAUCAAAAGUCUAAAUUUUCAAGAAGAUGAUGAUACUUCACGAGAAACUUUUGCAAGUGACACGAAUGAGGCUUUGGCCUCUCUUGAUGAGUCACAGGAAGGACAUGGAGAAACGAAGUUAGAUGCAGAGGAAGCCAUUGAAGUGGAUCAUUCUAAUGAUUUGGACAUCUUUUAAUGCAUUUUGAAUUAUAGACCUUUCUAAGACAACAUUGUAACAGAUCAUUUCUACUGAUAUUACUUUGCACUGAUAAAAUAUCUGGAAAGAAAAGUCCUGUUUUAAAUAAAAAUAAAUUGGGAAAUGAAUAUUAUCAAAAACAUUUAGAUUUUUGUUACAUCUUACAAAAUACUUUAAAAUAUUUAGGCAAGAGGGUUUAAUUUCUCAAUCUGUUGCAUGUCCUAGUUAUUACUAAUUGAUAAUCAGUUGUAUCAGGGUAAUUAUAACAUUAUUCAAAAGUUUGAAUUAUUUUUAUAGUGAAUUAUGACUAGUUUCAGAACAUUCCAUUAAAAGAUAUAAAUGGACACAAAUUGUUAAGCUAUAGCAAAUGCAUUCACAUUUAGCUUUUUUUGUGUUCUAAGAAUUUGGGCCAUUUUAAAUAAAGACUAAAAUUAGA